AUGACAGCAACAAACAACAACAGCAACUAUAUCGUUUCUGAUGAAAAAGUUAUUGAUUCAUUAGCUGAGGAAUUAGUUGUGGCAGAAACUAAAACCCUCAACGAAAGAAUUGGUGAAAACAAGAUUGAUUUACAUAACUACCUCAAACACGAUGGAGGAAGAGGAAGGAAAACCGGUAUGGCUUUAUUAGUAAAUAAAAUUUCAAAUUUAACGAUUAUAGAUGUUGAUAUCAAUAAAUCGUACAAUGAUGAACUUAAAGAAACAGUUAGAAAAGACAUUCUAUCAAAACUUUCGGAUAAAGAUGUUAUCGUUAAAACCGCUUCAGGAGGUCUUCACAUUUAUUGUAACACUAAUUUCUUCUAUUCAACCUCGAACAGAAUGAUUAAAUGUUAUUCCUGCAAUGAUUAUGAUAUCGAUAUCAUGACUUCUAUGGAUGAUUCAAAGCGUUCUUUAGUAGUUAUGGCUGAUUCAAGAGUUCGCAAGAAUGCAACAGAACCAAUCAAUACAUACUCAUUCAUUCGUGGAAGUUACGAUUCAACAUUAACUAGAACAGUGAAUGAUAUAUUAAAUGAUUUGAAUAUUAAGGUAAGAGUUGAACAGAAGAACGAAGAAAUAAAGACUAUCAUGAAUGAAAACAAAGAUGUAAACAUUGACGAUAAACUUGCCCAGAGCAUUGUUGAUGGCAUCAGUGAUUUUGAAGUACAUAAUGACGGUGGAAACAUGAAUUUAGAAAAAGAAGUUACAUUAUUCACACUGUUUCAAGCAAUUAAUUCGUUACCUAAUCAUUUAAUUAAUGAAGCAUACGAUAACGUUUAUAACUUCUGCAAUUUAACUGAAAAUGCAAAAAGUAAUUUUGAAAAAGCACGUAGUAGAUAUGCACAUUUAAUGACUUCUCCAUUUGUUUUAGUGAAGAUUCUAAAACUAUAUCAAAAGGAAUAUUAUGAUGAAUACGUUUUACCUUUAUUACGUAAGCCAAAAAUAACAUUUGAUAUAAAACUUGAUGACUCGUUUUUGAUAACAGAUAUUAGACGCAAGGCUGAAAAUCAUCAGUAUAAAAACAGUUCUGAAGUAAUUGAGGAUUUAUCACGUGUAAUCCGUUUUGUAGAUUGUGGAAAUAAAUAUUUCAUUCAAAAGGACUAUAAUAUCCACGACAAAAUGAAUCAAAUAUCAUUCGUUCUUCAAUCAAACAUGAAAGAGUCACUCAAAAUGAUUAAAUUAUUUAAAGAAGAAGGUAAAACAAUAACAGCAUGGGAUGUACUACUAAAUCAAUUGUCUUCAUUAACCGUUAAGGGUGUUUGCUUUAAAUCUGAUUCUCCAGAUGUUUUCUCAACGUUUCAAGGUUAUAAAUACAACGUUCUCGAAAAACCAGAUUACUCCAAAAUUGAGAUGUUUAUGAAUUUCAUUAAAGAAGCCAUUUGUGAUAAUAACGAUGAAGUGUAUAAAUACCUUCUCGGCUGGAUUGCAUCAAUGAUUCAACAUCCUGGAAUCAAGAAUGAAAAAGCAAUUAUUUUGAAAUGA